AUGGCCACCCUUCUGGCUGCAACGCGCCUCUCCAGGCCUCUUGCCCGCCUGGCCGCGAAAGCCCCGCACCGCAAGGAUGCCUCAGUUGGCCUCCGGCCCCUGCCGGAGGCUUCCUUCUCUGUCGUGAUCCAGACGGGCAGGCGGACCUAUGGGACAGACGUGGAAGAUAUUGGCGAGAGACCUGUCCUCAUCACCGGCUGUGACUCGGGCUUUGGCUUUGCCCUCGCCAAGUACUUGCACGAGAAAGGCUUCAUCGUGUAUGCGGGCUGCCUGCUGAAGGAACAAGGCCGCGGGGGCUCCAAGGACCUCGACAACAUGAACAGCGACCGCAUGAGAACUGUACAGCUGAACGUUUGUGACAGCGAGGAUGUGGCGCGGGCCGUGGACCACGUGACGGCUACCCUGAAGAACCCAGAUGCCGGAGUCUGGGGUCUGGUCAACAAUGCAGGGGUCUCGACCUUUGGAGAGGUGGAAUUCACCAGCAUGGACACCUACAAGGAGGUGGCGGAAGUGAACCUGUGGGGGACGAUCCGCACCACCAAGGCCUUCUUGCCUCUGAUCCGCAGAGCCAAAGGCCGCGUGGUGAACAUCAGCAGCAUGAUGGGGCGGAUGGCGAACCCGGCUCGUUCCCCCUACUGCAUCACCAAGUUUGGGGUGGAGGCCUUCUCCGACUGCCUGCGCUAUGAGAUGCGCCCCCACGACGUGAAGGUCUGCAUCGUGGAGCCCGGGAACUUCAUAGCCGGGACCAGCUUGUACAGCCCUGAGCGGAUCCAGGCCAUUGCCGACAAGAUGUGGGACGAGCUGCCCGAAAUCGUCCGCCGUGACUACGGCCGGAAGUACUUUGACGAGCAGAUCGCCAAGAUGGAGUCCUACUGCAGCAGCGGCUCCUCAGACACGUCCCCUGUGAUUGAGAGCAUCGGCCACGCCCUGACUUCCAUCUCCCCCUACACCCGCUACCACCCCAUGGACUACUACUGGUGGCUGCGCAUGCAGGUCAUGACCCACAUGCCGGCCGCCAUCUCGGACCGCCUCUACAUUUACUGAGGGGCAGGAGGAGGACGGGCUCGAAGGGCCACGCUGUGUAAAUCUCCCGGCAGCCACCUGGUUAGUUUUGUUCACAGUACUGUAUUUUAGUCCUGGAUUUAUAGUAAUUUAACUUUUGAGUAUAAUUUAA